ACUAUUUAUGUGGCCUUUUCACCUUUUAACUUUUUCUCUCUAUUUCAUCAUCUGGUUUUGUGGUUUUCAUCUGUCUCCUCCUGUUUUUACUUUACCCUUUCCCCCUCUCUCUCCUCCUUUCUUCUUCUUAACUCUUCAUCCCACACCUGCAAUUAGGGUUUCUAUGGCGGUUUUACCGACGGCGAUGGCGAUGGGAUCGUCAAGCUUGGAGUUGACGAUAUCCGUACCCGGCUUCUCUUCGUACCCGUCUUUUCUUAAUUCAUCUGUGAGAGACUUGGACAUAAACCAAGUGCCAUCACUACAAGGAGAUCAAGAAGAGUGGAUGACAGCAGGCAUGGAAGACGAAGAAGAAAGCAGCAACGGAUCGGGCCCUCCCCGCAAGAAGCUUCGUCUCACGAAGGAACAGUCUCGUCUUCUCGAAGAAAGCUUCAGACAACACCACACCUUAAACCCUAAGCAGAAAGAGGCGUUGGCGAUGCAGUUGAAGCUGAGGCCACGCCAGGUUGAGGUGUGGUUUCAAAAUCGUAGGGCCAGGAGCAAGCUGAAGCAAACAGAGAUGGAAUGCGAGUAUCUGAAGAGAUGGUUCGGAUCGCUGACUGAACAGAAUCGGCGGCUGCAAAGGGAGGUGAAGGAGCUGAGGGCAAUGAAAGUCGGCCCGCCCACCGUGCUUUCCCCCCACAGUUGCGACCCUCUUCCGGCAUCCACACUCACCAUGUGCCCUCGUUGCGAGCGAGUCACCACCACCACCAAUUUCGACAGAGACACGGUCAGCGGGCCCACCAAAACUAAUCAUAUCUCGGCCGCCGCGGCCACCACCUUGUCCUCUUAAGUGGCGACGCCCGCCCUCUAAUUGCGGCUGCAUGCACUUAAUCUUAAUUAGUUUGUAAUUUGACCUACUUGAUCAUGCAUGGAUCGCCAUCGAUAAUUCGAAAUCAAAGGAAUGAAUAGUGAAAAGAAAUUAAGAUUCAAGAAUGUUAAUGUUAA